AAGAUGAAGUUCUUGCUUCUGCAGCAGAAGUACCUGGAAUAUCUGGAAGACGGCAAAGUUCUGGAAGCUCUUCAGGUCCUGCGCUGCGAACUGACUCCUCUGAAAUACAACACUGAGCGAAUCCACAUCUUGAGCGGGUAUCUAAUGUGCAGUCAUACAGAUGACCUGAGAGCAAAGGCAGAGUGGGAAGGAAAAGGGACUGCUUCACGAUCAAAAUUACUUGACAAACUUCAGAUGUACCUACCCCCAUCAGUGAUGCUACCUCCACGACGCUUACAGACACUACUGCGCCAAGCAGUGGAACUGCAAAGGGAUCGGUGCCUGUAUCACAAUACUAAACUAGAUGGCAACCUGGACUCGAUGUCUCUACUUAUAGACCAUGUUUGCAGUAGUGUGCGCAUUUGUGGCAGGUAACAACUGUGAUUGCGAUAGGAGAACAAGAUGCAACUUUUUGUUACCUUGAAGCCUCCCAUUCACUGCCUGGGCCUUGAACUAUG